AUGGCGAAGCCGAACAAUGGCAAUUCUUUCUUCGCUAUCUCAUCUGCCCCCACCGCCCCCAGCGUGGAGCCGCGGAUUAAAAUUGUCUCCAUCGGCUCCGUGGGGACAGGGAAGAGCUGCAUCAUCAAGCGGUACUGCGAGGGGCGCUUUGUGGCAAAGUACAUUCCCACCAUUGGCAUAGACUACGGGGUGAAGCGGGUGGGGCUGCGGGCGCCGGCGCACAUGUCGCCCGUACCACCCAAUUUUUUUGUUCGCGUGAACUUUUGGGACAUGUCUGGCGGUGACGAGUUUGUGGAGAUUCGCAACGAGUUUUACUACGCGGCAGAGGGUGUCUUAAUCGUCUACGAUGUCAGCGAUGUUGCAAGCUUCACCGCUCUUGACGCGUGGGUGGCGGAGAUGCAGAUGCACCUGAGCGUGCCCCGCAGCGCCGCCAUCGAGACGGUCGGUGCCCGCGCCGCCGCAAAGCCGCCGGUGGUGGUUGUGUGCGCCAACAAAGUCGACGACGAGGUUGACGGUGGUAGGAAGCGGGUCGUCAGCGAGGCGGAGGGGCGGCAGUGGGCAGAGGGCCACGGCUACAAGUACUUUGAGACGAGUGCCUGCACUGGCCUGCACGUGACGGAGAUGUUUGAGACGCUCUUUAACGACGUGGUGGCGGCGUUUAUGUAA